CAUCUGCGCCUUGCCCCUCUCUCUCUCUCUCGCUCGCUCGCUGCGCGUGUGGAGCCCCACGUAGGCCGUAGAGGGGAGGUAAGGCAUGGGGCGCCGGGCGGGCGCGCACCCCACACCGGCCGCCUCCCCACCUACAUAAAACCCCUUUGCAGUUUUGCAGCAGCGAGAACCUCCAGCUACCUGCAGCUCCGAGCCUUUACCCGCUUUGACUCUACUCUACCACUCCACUGUUGCUCGUCUGGCCGCUGCCUCCGGCCGGGCUCCGGCUCCUCCGGCCUCUUCCCCAACGCACGCCUAGCUAGCUCGAUCCGUCCGCACGUCAAAGACCCUCGCUUUCUCGUUAAGCCUGCCGCGCCUGCGGCAUCGGUCGUCGUCGUAGCAGUCGGGUGGCCGGCCCUGAUCUUCCUUGUGCCGCGUGCGGCGGCAUGAGGGCGAGGCGGUGGUCUCGCGCGGCGCUGGUCGCGUGCUUAGUGCUCCUCGCGGCCGCGUGCGCCGCCGAGUCGCGCGCGGUGCCCGGCGCCAGCGGCAAGGCGGCCGCGGCGGCGGACGGCGGGAGGCGGAGCGCGUUCGACGUCGUGGUCGUUGGCCUCGUCAGCAUCGGGCUCGGACGGCGGUGGCGCGCUGGCGGCGGCGACGAGCUGGUCGACGAGGACAAGCGCCGCGUGCCCACGGGGCCCAACCCGCUGCACAACAGAUGAGCACCGCCCCUCGCUACAGUAGCUUCUUAUUAAGCUGCGGCCAUUUCUACCGCGCGUGUCUUGGCUCUUGGCCGGCCGGCGGCGCGUCCAUUGCUGCCAUCACCGGCGGGGCGCGCGAUCUGAUCUCGCUCGCGUGGGCCCGUGCAUGGCGAGGUAGAGGAGAAGAAUGAGAAGGAGAAGAGAGGAGCGUGUAGUAUUACCAUUCCCUUCUGCUUCCCUUUCUUCUCUUUUUCCAUGCUCUUUUUUUCUUUCUGGAUUUCUUGUGGCUCUUUUUUCCCCUUGUAUUGAUUGGCUUGCCAAAUGAACAGCAAGGCUAUUAUGUUGAUUGAAAGAGAUAGAGAUAUGAGUAUAGUAUUUCUUGUUUGA